CUUCCCUUGAUUUGCAUGGCAUGAAGAGUCUUGGCAACUAGCUUUUUCCGGUCCUCACUCCUCGUACCGUACUUUUUUCUUCCCUCUCAUAUCACAAUUCCUGUUUCUUCCUUUUUAAGACAAAACCCAACAAAUAUAUAACUGUAACUAGCUUGAAAUAUGGCUCAGGAGAAGAAGGAAACAACAAGUAGUGGAUUGGAGUGGAGUUUAAAUGUGGAAGAUGGGUCAUCAAAGAUUUUGGUCCAGGAGGCAGGACUUGCCACUAGAGCCUGGCUUGGCCUGAAAGGUUUGUUCUUGAAAGUAAGGAAAUUUUUGGAGAAAGCAUAUGAUAUUGGGGUUAAUGACCCAAGAAAAGUGGUUCAUUGUCUAAAAGUAGGGAUGGCACUCACUAUUGUCUCUCUGUUUUACUAUAUGAGGCCUUUAUAUGAAGGGAUUGGAGGGAAUGCUAUGUGGGCUAUUAUGACAGUUGUGGUAGUCUUUGAAAACACUGCGGGUGCAACAAUAUCUAAGAGUUUGAAUAGAGUGUUUGGAACUUGUCUUGCUGGAUUGCUUGCCUUUGGUGUCCAUUGGUUGGCUUGUAAAUCAGGAGAGAAAUUUGGGCCUUGGAUUGUUGGAACCUCAGUUUUCUUACUAGCUUCUGCAGCAACCUUCUCUAGAUUUAUUCCCUCUGUGAAGCAGUUGUUCGAUUAUGGUGCCAUGAUCUUUAUCCUCACUUUCAGCCUGGUUGCUGUCUCUGGUUAUCGUGUUGAUCAAUUGUUUGAAUUGGCUUAUCAAAGACUAUCUACCAUCAUCAUUGGUACUUCCUUAUGCAUUCUUGUUAGCAUGCUUAUUUGCCCCAUUUGGGCUGGUCAGGAGCUAUAUGCUUUAAUCACUAGCAACAUGGACAAACUUGCCAAUUCCUUAGAUGGUUAUGUAGCUGAGUAUUUCAAUCCUGAUGACAGUAACAAAAACUUGCUCGCUUACAAAUGUGUUUUGAACUCAAAAGCAAGCGAAGAAUCCAUGGCAAAUUUUGCCAGAUGGGAGCCGGCUCAUGGUUGUUUCAGUUUUAAGCAUCCUUGGAAACAGUACCCAAAAAUUGGGGCAGCCAUGCGCAGCUGCGCUUACUGCAUUGAGGCUCUUAAUAGCUGCAUUGAUUCAGAAAAUCAGGCCCCUGAAUUCAUAAAGAAGCAACUAAGUACUGCUUGCCUGAGAGUGAGCUCCAAUUCCUCCAGUAUUAUAAGAGUGCUAGCAGAAACUAUCAAGGCGAUGAAAAGAUCAUCCAAAAUAGAGUUUUUGGUGGAAGAAAUGAACGGUGCAGUAGAAGAGCUCCAAGAAGCCUUAAAAUCUCUUUCUGAACUGUCCAAUCCACCAGCAUGCAAGAAUACGGAGACUGUCUCCUCAGCAGCAAUGGAGACAAUCCCUUUAAUGGAAGUUAUGCCAGUGGUAACUUUCACUUCUUUGCUGAUAGAAAUUUCUGCAAGGAUCAAAGGCAUUGUUAAGGCAGUGGAAGAAUUAGCAAAGGUAGCUGCAUUCAAGGAUGCAGCUCAGGACAAGUGCAAAGAAAAUCAACCCAACAACAGACUAGAACAACAAGGUCAGACAAAAGAUGAAGAGACAAUGAAGGUUCUUCAAAGGGUCUGAGUUUCUCUUCGAUAUUUCUUGGUUCAGUAGUUGGUCGAGUACCAGCAGAACGCCAUAUAUGACUGUAAUGAGAAUGAAAUUUCCAACUUAUUUGGAAGACUCCUUCAAAUAUUGUUAGUUGGAUCAUGGAUGUCAGGGCCUUAUAGCCAUAGUUGAUAGUCACCGCGUACAUCCCAAUGGCCUGAAAAGAGUAUCAGAUAGGCGCUGCAAAUAGCUGUUAAAAUUUAUGUAACAAUCCACG